AGCGCUCAUCCAGCGCACGGCACCUUGCUUCGGUAAAGAGUUCCUGGCAGACCAAGUACUACAGGCACCUCUCGCAACCUUGAUAAUGAUACCGUGGUAGGAUGUGUCCAGUGGUUGUCUUAGAACGAGCAUAGCGACUGUGGCCACAGAGACGAUUUGUUUUUCAGUGGUGAUUUGAAUUUGCCAUGUAGGGUACCCAAAAGUCGGACCAUUCAUAUGUAUUACAAAAACGACGGCGUAGAGUAAUAUAAGAGGGAAUCGACGGCGCUGCACAACUCCUUCCUUCCUAUUGUCAUGGCUAGUAAACAGCUUGGUAAACUCAGACAGUGGGCGGGAGAGAAGAUAUCGUCUCGUGACAAGUCCGUCGUCGCAGAUGAAUUCAAGGAACUCGAACAUGACAUCGAACUGCGGAAACAAGGCAUAUCGAGGCUGCAGGCAGCUGCUCAAAUGUACCGUCAUGUCCUGUCCAAGAAGAAGGCUUUGCCGGUGUCAGGAGAGAGCGAUAAACUCAUGCCCGUGGAUGCACUCGGAAUUGUGAUGGUUGGUCACGGCGAGGAAUUUGGAGAGGAUUCUACCUUUGGAUCGUCACUCGUGAAGCUGGGCAGGGCCCAGUGCAAGAUGGCCAUGCUCCAAGAAGCCUUUGCUUUGACGCUCAACGACACAUUUCUAUCAUCUUGCGAGCGCUUCUUGCAAGACAUCAAAGAUUAUGAGCAUCAACGGAAGAAAUUGGAAAGCCGCAGGUCAAGCUACGACGCAGCUAUCAGCAAGCUUGAGAAAAUCAAGAACAGCAAGAAAGAGAAAGAAAGGGAACGUCGCGAGGCAGAAGAUGAGCUGCAACGUUGCAGACUCCAAUUCGAAGAAACGUCUGAGGACGUUCGAUCUCGCAUGCACGGCAUUCAGGAGAAUGAGACACAGCAGCUUCAUGAGUUGACUACGUUCCUCGACGUCCAAUUCAAUUUUGCGAAACAAUGUGUUGAAGUCCUACAAGACGUCAAAGCAAACUGGUCCGAUAACACGUCGACACACUCAAAAUUCGAGUAUAUGAGGGCGGGCUUUCGUCUAUCUCACCCAUUCGAGGAUAAAUUCUCUACUACCCGCUCCACGCCAUCAUCGCACGCCUUCUCCUCGACCCAUUCGGAUGAUUCUGACUGCGAAAGUCUCAACGACAGUCCUAUACGUUGCAAGCCAACUCCAGACGGGAAACCCAUUUCUCGUCCUGGAUCCCGAUCUUCGCGGAAGCGGUCUGACAGUGGCGUCACCGCGACAAGUCCUUCAGAGAUUACGACUCCUAAGAGCAACAAACGGAUGAGCGUAACUGGGUGGGCAUCCAACGCGGUUAAUUCUUUCGCCGGCCGAGGCAAAAAAGACAGAGAUAACUUUGCCGCAUUGACUAACAAGGACGAGUCUGACGACGCAGACAAAGACAGUCACGGCGGCCUAUCUCGUCAGCCGAGCUCGAAAUCGCUCUCGCGAAAAUCUCCCAAGGCGAAAGGUGUGGACCUCAACAAGGAGUCCUCACCUAGGGUAGCUUCCCGUAUAUUGAAGCCGCCGUCGCAACAAGAUCGGAGGCUUGUGAGGGCGUUGCAUGAUUUUACAGGCUCCUCCGAUGAGUUGACAUUCAGAGCGGGGGAUGAGAUUGUUGUUAUUAAUGAGGUUCUGGAAGACUGGUGGUUCGGUUUACUUAAGGACGGACGUAAGGGUCUUUUCCCUAUGAACUAUACCACGCCCAUCACCAUCUCCUCACGAGACACCAACCGAGCUGGGAAUGGCUUUCACUCUGGCAGUGGCAGCUCUCUCGCACAUUCGGACGACAUUGAAGAUGAUGAAAGUAUCAACCACUUCGCUCUGGACAAUUCUAUGGUGACCCCCAACUCAGCAACCAGUUUUGGCUUCGACGUGCAUAGCAUGACUAGUGCAACAGAGGACGACGAAGCCCAACGCCUGGUGCCUCCUCGCCCAUCUAAAGAGGACAUGUCCUUCGACAUUCUUCCCCGUCUACCCGAGUCUUCGGCGCCAUUCGUGCGGAGGCAAACUAGUCCGGUGGUUCUUUUCUCGUCGACCGCGAAGAAGAUUCCGCCACCGCCGCCCCCUCGCAGGUCCACCGCUUCCCUACCACCUCCUCUCAUUCCUGAUCGUCCUUUCUUGUCGAAAGGGCGGCAUCUGGCAUCGUCCGAGGCGUCGAGUGCCUAUCCCCCUCUACCCCCAUUGCACGGUCCAGUGCAUCUCACCCCCACAUCCUCCAUAACUAAGGGAGGGACAGGUCCCACAGUAUCUCCAUUCGACAGCAUGACGGAUUUAUCCGUAGAGUGCACGACUGUUCGCUAGGUGUCGUAUGAACCAAAGGGGAUGCACGAGACUUGCCUUAAGACGCACCGAACGAUGUCCUGACAUCGGUUCUUGUUCCACCGAGUUUUGUGGACCGAGUAUACGCUGGGAUAUCGUCUUUUGAGGCCUUUUCUAGACGGAAAAUCGUUUACUCUCUAACCU